UCAGUAAAAUAUUUGGGGCAUUGUUGGCAAUAUCUCCCUCUCCGUCCGACCGCUUGUCCUUCCACCAGCGUUUCCCUCCUUUUCUCUCUUUCGCGCGCGGUGAUAGUGAGAUUCACGCUCCCCAUUUCUUGGAAUUACGGAGCGGAGUGGUGGUAGGGUUCUACUGAAACUUCCGAAAUGGCGUCAAUGACAACGGUGGCUUCGUCCUCCCUCAUCUUCUCCAACUCCGUCGGCGCCCUCUGCUCCACCAAGCUGUUCCCUCAGCGCGCCGUCAUCCCCCAGAGCUUCCACGGUCUCCACAAGGCCAUCGAUCUACGGUCCAAGUCGAUCCGAUCACGGCUUCCUGUCUCAAGGUUUUCUCGGAGAAGCUUCUUGGUGAAGGCUAGCCAACUGCCACUAGUUGGCAACACAGCACCAGAUUUUGACGCUGAGGCUGUCUUCGAUCAGGAGUUUAUCAAUGUAAAGCUUUCUGAUUAUAUUGGGAAGAAGUAUGUCAUUCUUUUCUUCUACCCACUGGACUUCACAUUUGUUUGUCCAACAGAAAUUACUGCAUUCAGUGACCGGUACUCUGAAUUUGAGAAGUUAAACACAGAAGUACUGGGUGUUUCAGUGGACAGCGUGUUUUCCCAUCUUGCGUGGAUUCAGACUGACAGAAAGUCUGGUGGCCUUGGUGAUUUGAAAUAUCCUCUUAUCUCUGAUAUAACCAAAUCAAUUUCAAAGUCCUAUGGGGUUCUGAUCCCAGAACAGGGCAUCGCACUGAGAGGGCUCUUUAUCAUUGACAAGGAAGGUGUUAUUCAGCAUUCAACGAUAAACAAUCUUGCUAUUGGUCGAAGUGUUGACGAGACACUGAGGACACUGCAGGCAUUGCAAUAUGUCCAAGAAAAUCCUGAUGAGGUUUGCCCUGCUGGAUGGAAGCCUGGGGAGAAAUCCAUGAAGCCAGACCCUAAGCUGAGCAAAGAAUAUUUUGCAGCAAUUUGAUGACACGUUGGUAAACUUCCAUCUCCAAAAUCCCUGUGGAAGUUUUGUUUCAUUUCCAAUUUUCGUAUGUUCAUGGGGAUUUCGAGCCAUGUAUCAACCAGGCGUUGUCUGUAACUUUUGAUAGCUAUUCCACUCUUUGAUAUAUCAAGCAUCGCUUUUUUCUUCCUUA